AACGACCGGCUUGAACGCGCAUGGAUUGCCAACGUUACAUUCCAACCCUAUGAUCAUCGCUGACUCAAUCGCAUUCAUCACUUUGCAAUCACCAGCUCUGACUGAUGAAGCAAUCACUGCCCUAACGGAACAGUUCAAUGAUCUCGCGCACAAUUCGGACAUCCACACAAUCGUCCUCACUUCCGCUCAUCCAAAGUUCUUUUGUACUGGACUGUACUUGGGUAGCAGUGGUUCCGUCGCAACGGGUGCUGCCGUCGAGAAGAGGUUCGCUCAGCUGAAGGGCCUCUUUGACUCUGUCGAUCAGUGCCCCAAAACUACUGUCGCUCUAAUCAAUGGGGCAUGCUUCGGUGGAGGUGUGGGCUUGGCUUUCUCUUGUGAUAUUCGAAUCGCCGUCAAGCAAGCGACCUUCACUCUUAGCGAAGUGAAGCUGGGAUUAGUACCCGCGACGAUCUCCAAGUGCGUAGUACGCGAAUGGGGUCCUGCUCUAUCUAGAGAAGCAAUGAUCACGGCACGACCUGUCCGUGCCGCCGAACUUCAUGAGCGUGGUAUCAUUCAUGCUAUCGUUGAUGACCUUAAAGCUGGACAGCAGGAGGUGAACAAAUACCUCAAUUUUCUUCGUGGCGGCGCACCAAGAGCCCAGAGUCAAGUCAAGGAAUUGGUGCGGACAAUCGCUGAGGAUACUGCAGAGACUUACCAAACAAAGAUAAAGGAGAUCUACAUUGACAUGAUGGGUCCUAGUGAAGAAGCUAAGCUCGGCUUGGACGCUUUCAGGAAAGCAACCAAAGCGAAAGACAAGAAGCCAGUCGAUUGGGUCGCAUUGCUUAGAAAGAAUCGUACGAAGCCAAAGCUCUGAAAUAUAUAUCUGAAGAAAUGUGCACAAGUUCCCC